GAUUUCACUGUCAAAGCUGUAACUGAAAUUCGUAAAUUUCAACUCGAGACGGGAAAAUGGCUUGUGGCCCAAAGUGCUCCUUCUUCUGCCUGUUCAUCAGCGUGUGGGGAGUGAUUCAGCUGACGCUAAUGGGGAUAUUCUUCUUAACGCACUCGCUGACGCUGGUCGACGAUCUGCCCCUGACGCUGCUGUCCCACAGUCUGGAGAGAUUCAAAUCCGAUGCCGAUGCGGCCUAUUUCACUGUGGCCAUCCGCUGCUUUGCCACGGCUUUCCUGUACCUCUGCUUUGGGAUGCUCUCAAUCUACUGCAUUUGCCGGAACAAGGCCAAGGAGCGGAGUGCCUUAAAGUCGUCUCUCAAGCAUUGAAUAAAUUAUAUUUGAUAUUGUUUCUCUAUAAUUGGCCAUCUGGCAGUGCACCCAUCCACCCACACACUCUCCCACUGAGUGGGAGUCCUCCCACCCACUUGUUAAACCAGAAUCA